AUGCCACAAUUUGAUUCAGAUGUGAUCGAGAUUAUUGAUAAUCCACUUCUAACGUCUGUUAACCUGGACAAAUUCAAUUUUUCUGAUGGAAUUGUUCGAAUUCAACGGAAUCCUCUAUUAGAUGUGAGCAGUUUAUGCUCUCGACUGAAUAGGGUCCUUGAUAAACAUUGGCAUAUUUCUGAUGCUUGUGAACCCAGGAAGCCUGUACUUUCAGCCUUGAAAUUGCUUCCAGGGAUCCCUCACGAGCGACUCAUGGUUCUUUCUACUGUGAAGAAAAUUGCUGGAUGUUUAUCAGUACGGAGGACAAACCUAGAAACCUUGUCAUUUUUUCAGAAUCUGGAAGAAAUCGAUUGUCGUGGUAUGUUUUUACUCUUACUAGAUCAGAGAGGGCUAUCACACGUACCCUUUGAAUGUUGGAUACACCUGAAAUCAUUGAAUAAAAGUGAUUAUUCAUACAUUUUAGAUAGUAGCGGUUUCCAAAGCGAGGCAUCAAAACUUGAGGGUUCCAUUUUUCCUGAAUUUCAAUUGCAGCGGGGUCUACCUUCUCCUUCUGUGUAUCAGUGGAAAUUGUCAAAAAUUUCAGAAAAUCUGCCAUGGGAUGCAUGCGUUUUCAAUUCUCAAACGACUGAUCUAAUUACGAUCUCUCGGAACUGUACAAGCUUGAUCGGUUUUCUUCAUUACGAAAAUAGAACCAUUCCUCCCUUGGAAAUAAUUAUUCUAAACCGGAUUCGUCAUAUUUACGGCAAUAUCAAGCUAGUUAAUGUCAGCAUAACGGAUUUGUCAAUGUUUUCGGAAUUAGAACGAGUUAUUUCUCUGGAUGGUGAGUUUUCACAUCUUUUUUGA